UCCCCGAAAUUUGGACAUCGUGCCCGGCUUGCCUCACUUCCGGCUCAUGGCGUGCCUUUUUGGCAAAUCCGCGGAGGGUGACGACGAAGAGGCGGUGCUGAAGCUUCCGAACGGGAAGGAGCACCGUAUCAAGGUGUUGAAGCCGACGAGUGGGGAAGACUUGUUCCUCGACAUCCGUGACCUUCACAGGCUCACCGGGUACUUCACCUUCGACCCGGGCUUCACGUGCACGGGCUCGUGCCUCUCAGCCAUCACCUUCAUCGACGGGCCCAAGGGCAUCUGCCUCUACCGGGGAUAUCCAGUGCCGGAGUUGGUGGAGCAUGCCCAAGCUUUGGAGGUGGCGCAUUUGCUGCUGGUGGGUGAGAAGGCCACAAAGGAAGAGUACAAGUCCUUCAAGCGGGAGAUCCAAAAGAGCAUGCUGGUGCACGAGAAGGUGAAGGCAAUGUUUGCCAACUUCACCAUCAACGCCCACCCCAUGGCGAUCAUGGUGGCCGUCACGGGCGCUCUCAGCUGCAUUUUCAGCGAGCUGGACCCCUUCGAUGAGGCGCAUCGCUGGCUGGCCUGCACCCGCCUCAUCGCGAAGGUGCCGGUCCUCGCCUGCAUGGCCUACAAGACCUCCAUAGGUCAGCCACUGAUGUACCCUCGUGCUGACCUCUCCUAUGCAGAGAACUUCCUGUACAUGAUGUUUGCCACGCCCAUGGAGGAGUACAAGGUAAACCCGGUGGCCGCCAAAGCGAUCAACGCCUUCAUGAUCCUCCAUAUGGACCACGAGCAGAACGCCUCCACCUCCACGGUGCGCAUCGCCGGAAGCUCCCAGGCCAACCCCUACGCCUGCAUCGCCGCAGGCGUUGCAUCCUUGUGGGGCCCCGCGCAUGGCGGCGCCAAUGAGGCGGUCAUCACAAUGCUGGAGCAGAUCGGGACCCGCGAGAACGUGGGCAAGUUCAUCGCCGACGUCAAAGCGAAGAAGGAGGGUGUGCGCCUGAUGGGCUUUGGGCACCGCGUCUACAAGAACUAUGACCCCAGGGCCAAGGUGAUGAAGGGCCUCGUGGCCCAGGUGCUGAAAGAGCUGGGGGUGGAUGAUCCGCUGCUCGGCGUGGCGCAGGAGCUUGAAAAGGCCGCGCUGAGCGACGACUACUUCGUGCAGCGGAAGCUGUACCCGAAUGUGGACUACUACUCGGGGAUCAUGCUCCGGGCCAUCGGCAUUCCUACCUCCAUGUUCACGGUCAUGUUUGCCAUGUCGCGGACGGUCGGCUGGGUAUCUCAGUGGAAUGAGAUGGUCGCGGAGGGCCAGAUGCGCAUCGGCCGGCCACGGCAGCUCUACGUGGGACCCCAGGAAAGGACUUGGAAGCCUGAGGACAUGUCGGAGGAGAAGAGCCCAUCACAAACAGUGGUGAACUUCGCACCACGGAGAUCCUCCUCUUUCUCCAAGCGCGUACCAGAUGUCUCAACCCGCUGAGCUUUGCAGACCUUCGUUUCCACUACUUGGCUCGGUCUUUUGGCGGUAAU